UUUACAAGUAGACUGAGUCGAACACCCAUUGUGUUCUAAUACAAUCUCACUUCCUUUUCUUACACUCUGGUAUUCUUCUCACCAAAAUAAUGUGCCAGCAAGUGAAGAGCAGGGCAAGUGAGGGAGGAAGAGAAGAGGGAGGAGGACGUGUGUGUGCUUGUGUAUGUCCUGGAGGGGGUGGUGGUUGGGGGCGAUAGGAAACACUCCCAGAGAUGGCCCAGUAUUUCUCUGUUUGCCCCACUCAUGCCCUCAUUUUCAUAACUCUAACAGAGCGUGUCACCAGCUUCAGUGCAGCAGAAGCAGCUUAUCAUCACCAUACAUAUCUGCAGAUCUUUACAGAGUGCAUCAUUGUCCAUCGUCGCACCAUCAGGGCCAGAACCCCAAGUACCCCGGAGCAGCAGGAUAAGGACUUUCAUUCUCAUCCGCGGGAAUCAAGAGCAAGAAAGCUGAGCUGCUCUCACACACACUCCACUGUUUUAUAGAGACUGUGGGACAGAGGCUGUCAGAGGGAGCAGAAGUGUUGACUCUGAGGAACCAUGGGGGACUGGAGUCUUCUUGGAAACUUCCUGGAAGAGGUUCAGGAGCACUCCACCUCUGUCGGGAAAGUGUGGCUCACCAUCCUUUUUAUUUUCCGUAUCCUGGUCCUGGGUACAGCAGCCGAGUCGUCUUGGGGUGAUGAGCAGUCUGACUUCAUGUGUGACACCCAGCAGCCCGGUUGCACCAACGUCUGUUAUGAUCGCGCCUUCCCCAUUGCCCACAUCCGUUAUUGGGUGCUCCAGAUCGUCUUUGUCUCCACACCUUCACUUAUCUACAUGGGCCAUGCCAUGCAUACUGUACGCAUGGAAGAGAAACGCCGGCGGCAAGAGCAGGAGAAGCAUGAGACAGGUGAUGGAAGAGCGGAACCAGGAAGUGGUGAAAAGGAGUACCUGGAGCAGAAGGAGAGGGCUUCUGAAGCACCAACCAAGAUUCAUCUGAAAGGUGCUCUGCUGCAGACCUAUGUAUUGAGCAUCCUGAUUCGCUCGGUCAUGGAAGUGACCUUCAUUGUGGUCCAAUAUAUGAUGUAUGGUAUCUUUUUGGAGUCGUUGUACCAAUGUAACACUUUACCAUGUCCUAACAAAGUCAACUGCUAUAUGUCUCGUCCUACGGAGAAGAACGUAUUCAUUGUGUUCAUGCUGGUCGUGGCAGCCGUCUCGCUAUUCCUCAGCGUUUUGGAGCUUUAUUACCUUGGCUGGAAGCAGUGCAAGAGCUGCUUCCGUAAGUAUGUUGAAAGACGUGCCGAUAACAUCAACACAGAAACCAACUGCAAAAGCAGCAAAGCUGUGAAUGCACCUAUGACCCCCAACUUUCCAAGCAGCUCCCAGUCGCAUCUUGCCAAGAACUGCACUCCACCUCCAGAUUUUAAUCAGUGCUUAGCAUCAGGAAGAGGAUCACCAUCACCUGGAGAUGUACAUCACCAUGUUCAUUCCAUCCAUUCUGGCUACCAACCAUUCACCAACCGCUUGGCCCACCAGCAGAACUCAGCCAACCUGGCCACUGAGCAGCACUGCCAGCGCAGUCAUGAUGACCUGGUGGCAGGGGAGGAUUUCUUAAGAAUGAACUAUGACCAUCGGCCUACCAUUGUAUCUUGCGGAAACAGGCCUGCUGAAGUGCUACCCAGUGCUCCUUCCACACCAAUGUCCAAUGGUAGCUUUUUCAGAGACAAACGUAGCUUCAGUAAGACCAGUGGCUCCAGUAGCAGCAAAACGCGGCCUGACCUAGCAGUGUGAUUGGGGUGUAACCAGAUUUGAGAUUACACUACAUGGCCAUAUGUAUAUAGACAUCUGAUUAUCACACCCAUAUGUAAACCGUUUUCACAUUAUUGCCAUUCAUGUGGGAGCACACGUUCAUCUAAAAUGCCUUUGUAUACUGUAGCAUUAUGAACACAAAUCACCACAUGAGUGCAGGUUAUUUUAACUGUAUUGAGAGAAACUACAUCUGGAAUCAACAAGCACAUACAGGUGUGACUAUCAGGUGUCCAUAUAACAAUUUUGACCAUGUCGUUUAAUGUCAUGUGUAUAUUCUAAAAAAUUCUGGGCAACAAUAAACCAAUUUGAGACCGAAUGCAAUACGGACUAACAAACAAGGUGAUUUUUAAUGAUACAGAAGAUAAGAUUUAAUUCAUCCUGGUGGGAAAUUGGGGUAAAAUAACUACAUUGCUGGUCUAUAAAUACCAAAUUAUGUACACUGAAACCAGAAUUCUGGAACAUUUUAAGACUUCACAGUUUGAGUAAACUGUUAUUUCAACUGAAUAUUAUUCUCAAAUGAAUAACAUUAUCUCAUCCAUGGACAUUUAGAAAUCGUGAGUGGUGGACAUCUGUGAACAAACACUUACAUUUCUUUCAGCUGCAACUGUUUUUUUUUUUUUUACUUCAAUCCUUUUCUGGUUGCUGCUCUCAACGAGCGCACUUGAAAAUUCUAUCAAACGAAUCUUCAGGCACUUCGCUCUUCAUCAUCAAUCUACUAGACCUUGAUUGCUUAUCAUCAACCAAUUCUCAUCCCAGCCGCCAGACACCAAAAAAUUGGAAAAAUAACCAAGCAUUUUUAGAUUUUUUUGUAUGUGCUGAAAUUCUUUGUUAUUAGUAUUAGCAAUGAGAUGAGUUAAGAUUUUUAGACUUUAGGGUUUUUUUUUUUUACAUAGGGGUCCCUUAAAAGGCUAUUAGAUGUAGACAAUAAUAAGAAAGACAGAGAUCAGGAAAAACAGAGAAUCUGUAUCAGAGCACUUUAUUUGGUUUCACUGAAACUGCUGUAUAGUAUUAGAAGUGGGAAUAUGACAGAGUAAUUUAAGUUGUACAGAGAAUGUAUGGGAAAGUAAAAUAAGCGAGGAAUGGAUUGGUGAUUUGCACGUGUGAAAUAACACUGAGACCAUUUAUGAAAUUAUUUUAAAAUACAAUAGAUAAAUUUUUUCGCAGAAUACAACACUGUCUGUGAAAAAUGUUAACCCGAGAGAAUAACCGCUUCAUCGUUCUGAACACAUUACACGAAACAUCACUGGUUAAUAUUGCACAUACAGUAAGUCAAGCAAUGUGAGAGUUUAUCCAAAGAGCUCCAUCCUUAUAAGCCAAAACAACACUUCAAUCAGGUCAAGACUGUGAAAAAGGACCUCAAUCCCUUGUGUACGAGUGUCAAACACUUAUUUAGAAGAAUUGAGUGUUGUGUUACUGUGAAUGCCAAAGAGACUCAUCAUAAAAACUGUGUGUGUAGCAUGACAAACUUGGGCAAGCUGACAGGUGAAACUUAGACCAAAUCAAGGACUCACGCUUGGUCAUAGUUUUUGCUCCUUCAACUCUCAAAACCUGGAAGAUUAUUUGUGCCUUAACUGAAUAGUACAAUCAAACUUUAAAAUUUCAAACAUUUAAUAAUCUAGCGCACGUAUUAGAUAUUAGAUCAGAAAUGUGCAUUACUCAAGAUGAUCAUGAAAGCACAUUUGAAUAAAGCCUCAUAUGCAUCACAAAAGGUUUAACAGACAAAAAACAGUACUGAUGCCUGUCUUAAUAUAUAGCUUUCUUUGUGAAUUACAGAUAGAAAAUAAUAACAUGUUUGUCAGUCUGACAAAUAGUGAAUCAAUUUCAACAUUGUACAUUAAUCCUGCAGUUGUUACAUACAAAGGCCAACUGAAACAGCUUCUCUUUGUAUUUUAGAUGAUACGAUAGAAAUGCUAUCGGAAACCAGGGUUUAAGAUCAUUUUAAACAUAUUAAGUGCAUGUGUAAUAUAACUAAGUCCUAAGAGGCCAUGCAAUAUUAAUUCUUUUCUUUCUUAUUUUCUUAUUCAUGAUCACGGCUCAAGUUUCUUGGGAUCUCUACAUAACAAAAGUAUUUUUUUUUGUGUUCAGAACAUAAUUUUCUGGUGAUCUCGUGAACGCAUCAUGGAUGAUCGCAUUCACUUUUAUUUUGAUUAGAGGCUGAAACUAAAACAGCUCUCUGUCUGUCAGUGAUUGACAAUUUCCACAUAAGAAGGAGGCUGUCAGGUCUGCAACUUUAUCGUCGAAGACAAUAUAGCGACCCUGUAGUCAGUUUCAUUGCCAGCCAGCUUGAGUGAGAUGGACGUCUGUAUUGCUGCAGAAUGAUGUUUGAAAAAUUCUGUUUAAAUGACAUCAUAAACCAAAAACUUUGGCAAGUCUGGAGAUUUUCCUCACAAUAUGAUUACGUCAUGAGAAAACGUUCUGUCGAGAUCACGAGAAAUUUAGAUCGUGAUCACAGAAAACAGCUCAUGUCGAGAUCACGAGAAAAUUAAGUCGUGGUCACGAGAAAACAGCUUGCUGUGUCGAGAUCAGGAUAAAAGAACUUAUAUAAAUCAUGAUAAUGAGGCAAAAACCUUUGUUAUGUCGAGAUUGCAAGAACAUUAAGUCGUGAUCACAUGAAAACAAAUGUGAUUGUGUGUAGAAUCUGAGAGGAUUUCUACAGCCUUAUGUAAACCCAGAUUGGGAAUGACCAUGUACUAUCACAAUGAACACCUUUGCAGUGCAAUCAAGAAGAUAACAUAAUGUUUUAUGUUGAUUUAAUUGACACAUGGUGUGAGUGACAGUUUAUUAAUGUAUUAUGUACAUAAAUCAAUAUCUUCAUUACUUUUAUUGCUUUUCAGAUGACACAACAUUUCAAAUUAUUUAGUCAUUCAUCACUCAUCUACACCUCACUGUGACCUUCUAUUCUCUUUCAAUAAAA